AACACGACAAAUUCGUGGGCUGCGCCAGUUUUUCGCGAAUGUGCUACAUCGCGCACACGGCCUCCAUAAGUAGCUCAUGAAGCAACAUUGAUGCCCUCUGAACAUUUGCUCCUGCAGGCGGUGCGGGAAACUACGCGUGAAAUAUGCCGCGUUGUCACGAAGAUGUGGGCUUCUGGAUUGAUUGUUGGAACUUGGAGCGUGUGGGUGAAGUGCCGACCGGCCUGUGGUAUCAAGGAGAUGUGCUACUUGCCUACUUGGCCCUUUGGGUUUUUCCCGCCUCCCGGUGGUGCAGACGAUGCUCCACCAUUUCAGGACAGUGCUUCGUUAUGGCCAGACCCAAACAAAGGGGAAUGGAAGAGACCACAACCCAAGUGCAUCAGACGGCUGGAGCCAUAUGGUUUUUAGGAUAUAAGAUUCGCA